UAUCCCCCCCAAAAAAGCUCUCAGUUUACUUCAACUGUUUCCAGGCAGUCUUUGCCUCAAAUAUGGCGGCGGCGUUAACGUUUCGACGUUAACGUAUCGUAGCAACAUGCCGAAGCAUUCAAUGCGUUUGAUGCGCGUCGUUUCAACCUCCCAACAUGGUCAAAAUGUUGGCUGGGUAUACGGGGUACUUUUGGAUUGAAGUAAAGUACGGUAUUCCUUUAUUUCGACCCAAACUUUGUUAUUGUGCUGUUCUGUUGCCAAAUUCCCAUUACUGGUAAUCUGGUCGGAACGUAUUUAUCCAACGAUUGAGAAAAAAAAAAGUAGACCUACGCAAAUGGAUUGUAGGGCAUUUCUGAAGAUCCUUUGUGUGAUCAUUAUAUUUGCUAAAGUUUCAUCGCACGCAGGCUGUGGGAAACGGAGCCUGGUUGCCCGGCCGGGUGGAUCGCGCAUCGUUGGGGGUCGGGAAGCCCCCAUUGGGGCCUGGCCCUGGCUGGUGAGCAUCCAGAUCAAGGCGAGGCACCUCUGUGGGGGAACGAUCCUCAACAGUCUCUGGGUGCUCACAGCAACUCACUGCUUCAGAAAUUACCCCACUGCCAGCCACAGAUACUUCAAGGUGGUGGCCGGAUUAGACGUGCUCUCCACGCCGGGAGAACACUCUCAGAGCCGGUCCGUGCACAGACUGAGAGUGCACGAGCGUUUCAGCGCGGCGACGUUCGACAACGACGUGGCCCUGGUGCGUCUGGCCUCUCCUUGGACCUUCGACGACUACGUGCAGCCCGUCUGCACCCCCAACAACCUGACCCACGAGCUGGGGCUCAACCUCAGCCUCUGCUUCGUCACGGGGUGGGGGAGCGUGUCGUAUAAUGGUGUGGGCGUGGACAGACUGCAAGAGGCGGAGGUGGAGAUCAUCCACACCUCAAGGUGUAACCAGGCGGAUUGGUACAACGGUGUCAUCUCAGACAACAUGAUCUGUGCCGGGUCAGAGGCAGGGGCUGUGGAUACGUGUCAGGGGGACAGCGGUGGGCCUCUGCAGUGCUACAGUGAAGACGAGGACAGCUUCUACGUGGCCGGGGUGACCAGCUUCGGGGAGAAGUGUGGCCUGCCUCACCGACCAGGGGUGUACGCCCAGACCAGCAGGUUCAGCACCUGGCUGGAGAGAACCCAGGCAGACGCCUCUUCUGCACCGCCACGUCGCCUAGCAACAGCUGCCUCCAUCACACUCCUCGGCACGAAUUUGAUGCUAGUCUGAGGAGAAGGACGAAGUCACCUACAAACCACUUGGCUCCAACGUCGGAGCGUUUAAUUAAUAUAUAUAUAUAUAUUAAAGGUUCCCAACCAUAGCUGGAUUAAAUGUGAUCAUUUGUAUCAUCAAGUAACAGUGAGAGUGGGUUAACCAUAUGAAAAUAUAUCCAUACAGCAUUUUGUUGUUUAGAAAGUUUAUCGUUUUCAGAAUGCUUCAGUGUUUUAGACAUAUACCGGUAGACAUUAUGUGAAUGUUUUGAAUGACUACACCAACCAUUUCAAAAUGUAUACUACAUGUGGCUUAUUAACUUAACAAAUGUUAAGUUAUUUCCAAACAAAUAUUAUUUGACAUUAAGAUUAUGUUUAGACAUGGUUAUAACUUAUAACCCGCCACAACGAAUCUUGAAUAACCGCUUUGGGAUCAAACGGUUUCCUUUAGUUAUCAAUGAUAAACCUCCAUUUGAUUACAUAUUUAGUUCUUCACAGAAUAAUACUUUUAAACACUCUUGUUUUAUAAGGAUACUUUAAUACAGAUUUUACGAUGCAAUUUGAUUUUCAUCAAUGCCAUCAAACCUAUCCUUAUGUAAACCUAAUUUUGAAGCCGAACUGUGAAGUGAGAUAUGUUCUUCAGUCACAUAAUGACUGCGGAAUAUAUUAGUCAUAUCCACCUCAAUGGAGCUAUAAUAAAGCCUCAAGGUGAAGAUAAAAUGAAAAAUAACUGAUGUAAUCACUGUGGAACCAUAACUGUUUAAAAAAAGCGCAUUACUGUCUCCUAGCGGAGGAAAAGAGAUACGCUCCUGCCCUGACCGCAUCUUUUAAUGUCAGCAGAGAAAAGAACGACAUCAUAUGUUGCAAUACUAAGCAACUUGAAAAUAAAUAUAAAUAUGGUUUGAACUUUGGUUAGAAUGUUUCGAUAGUUAUAUAUACAUG